UCCUCGCUUCCCCCGUCCUUCCCUCUCGGCUUACUCCUCCGUUUAUUUCUAUUUUUGUUUUUAAUUUUAAUCUAAUCCGGUCAAAUCUCUGGUCGUCGUCUCUGGACUUUGCCCCCUUUCUCUCUUCUUCACUCCACCGUCUUCCCCCUCCAAUACCCUCCCACGCUCUGAUCUAAUUAAAUCUUCCUUUGCCGCAAAAGGACCAACCUUUACGAACCGGGCAGAUCUCUGUUGAUUGAUCCCCACUAACCCACCUGAGUUUUUGAUUUCUGGGUUUUGGUUUUGUGAUGGGUUGGAGAUACAAAGCUGGUCUCUUUUUGAUUGGUACUGUUGUUGUCAUAUGGGUCACCUCUGCCGAAGUUACUCAGGAUAUCUUUACAGCAUAUAAGCAGCCGUUUGCAGUAACGUAUCUCGGUGCUUCGCUUAUGAUCGUUUACCUCCCCGUUGCUUUCCUCAAAGACUGGCUUUGUCGUUACCUAGAGAGACGGAGACGAUCAUCUUCCUCCGGAACCAAUGAGGUUGUUGAGGUCGGUUCUCCUCUGAGGCACAAAGUCAUUGAGAUGGGGCUUCAAGGGACCAUCACUAAGAAAGACAGCGAGGAGGACUUCUCUUCCCACGAGGAAGAUGUGAGACCGUUGAUGAUGGGUAGAGGGAGAGAAGAAACGCAUAGGAAAGAGAUCGUCACGACUAAGCAGAUCGUGUUGUAUGGUCUUUACCUCGCUCCCAUUUGGUUUGUCACAGAGUAUCUGUCAAAUGCUGCUCUUGCGCGUACAAGCGUGGCGAGCACUACUGUAUUGUCUUCGACCUCAGGGUUGUUUACUCUUUUCAUUGGUGCGUUGUUGGGUCAAGAUACUUUGAACCUGUCGAAAGUAGUUGCUGUCUUUGUGAGUAUGGCUGGUGUGGUUAUGACAACAUUGGGGAAAACUUGGGCUGCUGAUGACACGCAAUUAAACUCUUCUCUCAACGGGCAACGGUCCCUUGUUGGAGAUCUCUUUGGGCUUCUCUCUGCAGUCUCCUAUGGACUAUUUACAGUGCUUCUAAAGAAGUUUGCUGGUGAAGAAGGGGAAGGUGUUGAUGUGCAAAAGCUGUUUGGAUACAUAGGAUUGUUCACACUUGUUGCUCUCUGGUGGCUUGUGUGGCCAUUGACAGCAUUAGGGAUCGAACCAAAGUUUACCAUACCACACUCUGCCAAGCUUGAUGAAGUUGUUUUGGCUAAUGGUUUCGUCGGAAGUGUACUCUCUGAUUAUUUUUGGGCACUUUCUGUGGUGUGGACGACUCCGCUAGUAGCCACAUUGGGUAUGUCUCUGACCAUACCACUGGCGAUGGUCGCUGACAUGAUGAUCCAUGGUCGUCAUUAUUCUGCCAUUUACAUUCUUGGCUCUACUCAGGUGUUUGCUGGAUUUGUAAUAGCUAAUAUAUCGGACUUGUUCUCGAAGAAACUUGGUUUGUGACGCAGUUGGCGCCAAGAAGCUUUUGUCAAUGAUUCUUUCUUUUUUUUUUUUUGUGGGUAGAAAUUGUAUCAUGGAUUCAUGUUUGGAAAUGAUUAAGGGGGUUCCCCUGUUUUUAAGUCAAUGAAAGAAAAGAAUGUGAUUACCAUUA